AUGAUCAUUGAAGAGUUGCAGCUUGGUUUCAUCAUACCGCCCAAUGCGCCCAUGCCGCAAGGCUAUGCUUUUCUCCCGAAAGGCAUAGCGUUCAAGACCCUCCACUGCAGAAAAGCCACCCGCGAGGCCAAAAAGCCCUUGUACGUCGUUGUCGACAACAAGCGUACGCUCGGUCUUCGAGCACCCAAAAGCAUCAUCUCCGAGAUACACAAGAAAGAAAAGGAAACAUUGACGACUCGACGCGCAGCAGUCCAAAAGCGCGAUGACUCUGAUAUCUCCAAAACUACCGCGGAGAUAAAGGCUCAAUUCCCCAAGAUGCCUACCACGGAGCGGGACUUGGUACUCAAGCAUGGCUUCAAGAAGCACUCGCGCCGCGUAGGAAGGACAGGCACGCUCACUCUGAAAGCGAAAGUAAGGCUCGCUGUCGUCGCACACAUUCGACACAAGCAUACGGACUAUGAGGCUUUGCUACGAGCCGGUAUGCCCAGAGAGGCCGCGAGAGUUACUAUAUUAGAGAGUGUUGACACUGUGAUGCGCGAUUGGGGCUGCGCUCAAGAUGGUAAGAAAGCGACAAAGCAGAAGCAAGUUGCGAAGCGCAAGAGUCCACGGAAGCCGUCCAAGGUAUCGGAACAUGAGGUGAUCGAUGACGAAGGCGACUCUGACUACAUGUACGUCUUAUAA